AUGUUGACCAAUUUACACCCGUACACUUAUCAUAAAGAUUAUAAUUACAAAGUACACCGAAAUGCUUCGGUGAUGGUCUUUAGAAUCCUUAAUAUAAAAUCUUCUCAUUGUUUACAGUUCACAUGGAAACUAAAUGCUCAGGAGAAAUGUACAGACAAACUCGAUGCAGCACAUUCCAUACUCAUGCGUCGGCACACCGUCGCAUUCAUGGGAUUUCUUUGUUCACUGGUGAUGCACGCCCAAAGAUUAAACAUUGGCAUCGCUAUGGUCACGAUGGUCAACUCUACUAACCUGUUUAAGCUGGAAAAAUCAAGGGGAUCGUCUGAAUGUUUCACCGGAUCAAGUAAUUUUACUUCUUCAGGAACGACAGGCGGAGAAUUUUCCUGGAAUCCUGAAAUGCAGGGAUACAUUUUGAGUGCAGGUUUCUUCGGAUAUAUUCUAACUCAAAUACCAGGUGGAGUCUUAGCUCGUCAAUUUGGAACGAAACCAGUUCUCUUAUUUGGUGUUAUCAGUGCUUCCUUCUGCAACUUGCUGUCCCCCAUGGCUGCAAGACAACAUCCUUAUUUCUUGACAGCUGUCCAACUUCUUCGUGGAAUGGGACAGGGAUUACAACCACCUGCUAUGAGUGUUUUGAUGUCCAAAUGGUUUCCGAGAAGCGAAAGAGGAUUUUUGUCAGCUUUUAUUUAUUGCGGAUACCCGGUUGGUGCUUUCAUCGCCGGAUUGUCAUCUGGUGCUCUCUGCGAAAUGGAAUUCAUGGGCGGAUGGCCUUUGGUAUUUUAUACUUUUGGAGCCAUUGGUGUUUUGGUAGGGUUUGUUAUAACAAUUUGGUUUGCGGAAACGCCUGCCACUGACCCAAGAAUAACAAAAGCUGAGUUGAACCAUAUUUUGAAGCAUCAAGAAAACGAUUUAACGAAAAAUCGUUCACCAACUCCUUGGGCAGCAAUUUUGACAUCGAUUUCUACAUAUGCAUUUAUUAUGGCGUUGUUUGGUCAGUACUGGAUGGCAUUUUACUUCCUCUCGGUGCACCCUACUUACUUGGGCACGAUACUACACAUACCAAUCACAGAAAAUGGAAUCUUAUCAGCUGGAUCAAACGCACUGCAAGCGGUUGUCGGAUUUUGCGCUUGCUGUCUUUCAUUCUGGUUGAGCCGCAGAAGUCAAACGCAAAUUAACAGCGUUCGAAAAGGCUUCAAUUUGUUAAGUUGCAUUCUGUUCAGCCUUGGUAUUUUUGGGAUUUAUUUAUCUGGAUGUGAUUCCUUAUGGAACACUAUUUGCCUUUUUAUCGCAACUGCUAGUGUGGGUUUUGGCUUCGCUGGUAGUUUGAUUACAGCCGUCGAUAUGUCUCCGACUUUUUGCGGUCCAUUGAUGGGAUUUGCAAGCACAGUAGCAAGUUUAGCUGGUUUUUUAAUUCCAGUGACAGUGGGACAACUUACAAAUGAUGAGCAAAACCUAACGCAGUGGGGGAAGAUGUUUCUUAUUACAACAGCAGUAUCCGCCGGCAGUGGUUUUGUGUUUCUAAUUUUUGGUUCUGCUGAUAUUCAUCCGUACGAUCCUGCUUCACAGAAAAUUGCCCGGAAAGAAAUUUCAACGAUCCAAGAGAAUGGAAUGCAUCCUUCUAAAGAAGGAAUUUCAUCUUCAAGAUUAUAA